AUGUAUGGCUCCUUUGCCAUUUUGAAGCUUGUGUCUCCAAACCAAAACGUGAUGUGGAAAAAGAGUUUUCUCAUGUUCCUUUUCUCUCUCUCAGUUCAAAGAGCUGCCCUGGAUUGUGAAUGGAGGAACAAAUUCCUUUCUCCAAGUUUGAACUCAAAAACAAAUGCAGUCACGAGGGGUCAAAAUGUGUCUUUAAUUUGUUCCAGCCAGAACCCAUCACUACAGAUCACCUAUCUUUUGUUUCGGCAUGAGAAGCACCUGAGAACCCAGGAAGGCAAAGGCGAACCCAUGAUUUUUAACCUAAGCGUCUCAGAAGCCCAUGAUUUGGGUCCCUACAAAUGCAAAGUCCAAGUUUCUAACUGUUCAGUUAUCAAAUACAGUCAUGAGUUCAACUUCACCUUUGUUGACCCAGUGAUUACACCAGUGCUGAACGUUAACGUCAUUAAAAUAGAAACAGACCGACAGAUAAUACUGCAUUGCAUCUCAUUCAAUGGCUCUCUGCCCAUCAAUUAUACUUUCUUUGAAAAAGAUACUGCCAUAUCACCAGCCAUUUCCAAGUACGUAAGGGAGCCCGCUGAAUUCAACUUAACCAAGAAAAGCACUGGCGGAAGCCAAGAGUAUAGGUGCAAAGCUGAAAACAAAUUGCCUGACCAUGCAAAAUACAGUCAACCAGUCUUCAUCAAUCCCUCGACAGGUGGAGGCAGCUGUCCUUUCUGUCUGCAGCUACUGCUUCUGGGAUUAUUGCUGGUGCUAAUGGUAAUAAUCCCAAUUCUGACAUUUUGGAUACUACCAAAGUACAGAGCAGGAAAAGCUAUGAGAGAUCAGGCACCCAGAGACCAUGGAAAUACACCCAUGGAAAUUGGAAUAUAUGCAAAUGUCUGUGAAACUCAAGCAGACUCUGUGCCAGGCUUGGAACCAAGGCAGUGUGUUCGCACAGCCCAAGAUGGAACUGGACACUCCCAGGAGAUACAUUAUGCUACCCCCAUGUUCCAGGAGGUGGCACCUGGAGGUCGUGAAGCCUGUAAUGAUUGUAAAACUGGAUCUAUCUAUUCUGAGCUCAUCAGAAGAUGACAUUUAAAGCUACAAGCUACAUCUCAGAGUAAGAUGCUUUUUAUGAAGCUGAUUUACAUGAAGAAAAAGCAAAUUUGGGGCGCCUGGGUGGCGCAGUCGGUUAAGCGUCCGACUUCAGCCAGGUCACGAUC